AUGGAUAAUACGUUUGUCCCAUCAAAACAUCAAGCAGCUGGUCACGAUGGAUGUUUGAUUUCAAUUGGGGAUAAUUCUAUAUUUGCUAAGCUAACAAAUCAACAAGAGAUAGACUUUUACAAUGAAACUCAGUUAUUAUCACAAGACGAUGAAGAUCAGCCGUUGGGGAGCAAAUUGAUUGAUUGGAUGCCAGUCUUCAUGGGAACGUUAACACAGAGCGAUAUUACUAAACAUGACCCAAAUUCGCUUAUUAUGCCUGUGCUAAAUGAGGAUAAGAAGAGAGUGGAACAGAAAUUAGAAGGAGUUGAUAAGGAUUCAGAGGACGAUAAGCAGUAUAUUGUAUUACAGAAUUUAUACGGAGGAUACGUGAGUCCCAGCAUUUUGGACAUUAAAUUGGGAUCCAAGUUGUUCGAUGAAAAUGCUACUGCAGAGAAAGCAGAACGAUUGGGCAAGGUGAGUGACACAACCACCAGUGGGACCUUGAACUUUCGGAUUUGUGGCAUGAAGUUAUACAACGGGAGUCUGAAAAGAAUGCCUGCUGACGUGUUCGAUGGUAUGGAAAAGACUAUGAAGCUAAUUGCAGAUGAUGACGGAAAUGUCAAUUACAUAGAAUUUGACAAAUAUUUUGGCAGGACGUUAUCGAAAGAUAACGUCGCAGAUGGCUUGGCGUUGUUUUUCGAUCAAUUUGACAAUGCGUUCAUAAAACGAAAGCUUCUAGAAACGUUUCUCAAGAGACUCCAACUCUUGUACAAUUGUUUGUUAGACACUGAGGUACGGAUCAUAUCUGGUUCGCUAUUGUUCACAGUUGAAAACGACACACAUAAAUGGGAACCUGUCGUGGGUAACGAUGAAUUGUAUGAAUCACGAGAUUCACUAAUACGAUCAGAUUUCAUUGAUGAUGACGAUGAUGACGAUGAUGACGAUGAUGACAACCCAAACGAAGUGCAAGGCGAUCAAUCCACUAAUGAUGCAUCCCCUUUGAGUAGUCUUAACUUUAUUGAUUUUGCACAUGCAAAAUACACUAAAGGUAAGGGCUAUGAUGAAAAUAUCAUACUAGGUGUCGAAAACUUAAUAGCAAUAUUUGAAACGAUAUUGAAUCAAUGUAAAUAG